AGCUGAGCGCGACGGUCGUCGUCGUUUGUCAAUGCGCAUCGCUUCAACGAACACUGAUCUCGUCUCUCGCUCUCUCGCGCGCUCUUACGAAUGUGAAAGAAACGUGCGCGGCAUCGAUUUGAAUUAACACGCCCAGUCAUCAUAAAUGUUUGAAUACCAGUGUAAAUAGCGCUUAAUUAGCCAACAGCUUAAUAUAUAUAUAUAUUAAAAAUCAACCAAAUAGUAUAAAUUAUAAAUAAAGAAAAAGCUAAAAAGUCAAGUCGGCAUGUAUGCGACAAAAAACGUGCGUCCACGCAGCAGCCUCUCCACAGACGACAAUCAUCGCAUCAAGGAUACGAAUCGCGUCCAUAAGAAAUCGCCAAGCAACACGGUCCUCACGCUGGUCGCGUUUUGUGUGUUCCUUUUGGUGCUGUGUAGUUUUCUACUGGGCGCUUUGGUUUUUGUGGGCAAAAAUAUUGCCGAUGAGCAUCAGAAGCAGCAGGCGAACAAUGCUGGCAGUCUAACUGUAUUUAACGAUACAGUACGCACCAUAUAUGUGGAUCGUGAUCAGUUAUUGUCCACGAAGCCCAUAUUGAGUGUGCUUACAGAUAUUCGAGCGUAUACCACACAAGUGCCAACAACAAGAAAAGUAGACGCCAUGGCCGCCAUAUCGCAAGAAAUCCGAGCUGCCAGCCGUGUACUGCAGAAACUAAGCUUCCGUUUGCCCGAGGCGCUGCAGCCGCAAAAAUAUAUGUUGGAUUUGCGUCCCGACUUCAAUGCCAAGAGCUAUACGGGCAACAUUAGCAUCAAUCUACAAGUGGUGGAUCCCAUCGCCUUUAUACCCGUGCAUAUCAAACAGUUGAAUGUAACCCAUGGGCGAUUGCAGCGCUUGGAUGAAUCGGGUGCUCCAUUGGCGGAAAUCAAGCCAACGCUCAGCUUUGAACAUCCCAAUCUCGAAUACUGGGUGAGCGAAUUCGAGCAGCCAUUGGAGGUGGGCAACUAUACGUUGCAUCUGAAAUUUAAUGGUUCAUUAGUCGACCGUUUAACCGGGCUGUACCAGAGUUCAUACUACGAUAUGCAGAGCAAACGCACCAGAUGGAUUGCAAGCACCAAAUUCGAACCCACCUACGCGCGCUUGGCUUUCCCCUGUUUCGAUGAGCCGCAUCUUAAGGCGCAGUUUGCCAUAACAAUUGCCCGCCCCAGCGGUGAUGAGUACCACGUGCUCUCCAAUAUGCCAGUUGCCAGCGAACAAAUUGAGGGCGAUCUGACGGAGGUUACAUUCGAGGAAACAGUGCCCAUGAGCACCUAUUUGGCGGCCUUUGUCAUUUCGGACUUUGCGCAUAUCACGAAAAAAAUUGGUGACACCACUAUUGACAUACGCGUGUUUGCGCCGAAAGCACAGAUUGAGAAGGCCGAAUACGCUUUGGAUAUUGGCGCCGGCGUUAUAGAAUAUUAUAUAGAUCUCUUUGGCAUUUCGUAUCCUCUGCCCAAAUUGGAUAUGGUUGCCAUACCCGACUUUGUCUCCGGUGCCAUGGAGAACUGGGGUUUGGUCACAUACAGGGAGACUGCACUGCUCUACGAUGAAAAGACCAGCUCAAGCGUUAACAAGCAGCGCGUUGCUACUGUCGUUGCCCACGAAUUGGCUCAUCAAUGGUUUGGCAAUCUGGUCACCAUGAAGUGGUGGAACGAUCUGUGGCUUAACGAAGGCUUUGCCACAUUCAUUGAGUACAAGGGCGUGCAUUACAUGCACGCUGAUUGGGAUAUGGUGAAUCAAUUCGUGAUUGACGAGCUGCACCCCGUGUUGAAGGUCGAUGCGACACUUGCAUCACAUCCCAUUUUAAAAACGAUUGAGAGUCCUGCUGAGAUCACCGAAUACUUUGAUACCAUCACCUACUCCAAGGGCGGCUCUUUGGUGCGUAUGUUGGAGAAUCUUGUGACCGAAGAGAAACUGAAAAAUGCCACCACGCGCUAUUUGAACCGCCACAUCUAUAGCACGGCCACUACUGAAGACUAUCUGACGGCAAUUGAGGAGGAAGAUGGUCUCGACUUUGAUGUCAAGCAAAUCAUGCAAACGUGGACCGAACAGAUGGGUCUGCCGGUGGUUGAAGUGGUAAAGGAAGGCAACAAUUAUAGACUGAAACAGAAACGUUUUCUAGCCAAUCAGGAUGACUAUAAUGUUGAGGUUGAGCCAUCUUCCUUCAACUAUCGCUGGUCCAUACCAAUAACCUACAUAACAAGCGCGGACAGCACCCCAAAGACCACGAUAUUCAACUAUAAUGAUAAUCAGCUUGUCAUCUCUGUGCCAAGCACUGUUAGUUGGGUAAAGUUCAACAAGGAUCAGGUGGGCUACUAUCGUGUCAACUAUGCCGAGGAGCAGUGGACAACAUUGGUGGAUGCUCUCAAGAAAUCACGUGAAGACUUUAGCACUGCGGAUCGUGCACAUUUGUUAAACGACGCCAAUGCCUUGGCAGAUGCAUCACAGCUGGAUUAUACCAUUGCUCUUGAGCUGAGCACAUAUCUGGAAGAAGAGAAGGACUAUGUACCUUGGAGCGUGGGCACCGCAUCACUGACAUCGCUCAGAAACCGUGUGUACUAUACGGGCAUUUACAAGGACUUUACAAAAUACGCCCGCAAGUUGCUGUCUCCUAUUGUAGAGAAGCUUACCUUUACCGUGGGCAAAGAUCAUUUGGAAAAUAAACUGCGCAUCAAAGUUCUGAGCGCUGCUUGCGGAGUUGGACACGAGAGCUCACUGGAACAGGCAGCUACUUUGUUCAAGCAAUGGCUGGCCACUCCCGACACUCGCCCUAAUCCUGAUGUGCGCGAUGUGGUUUAUUAUUUUGGUCUGCAAGAAGUGAAUACUGAGGCCGCCUGGGAUCAGGUCUGGCAGCUGUAUCUGACUGAACCCGAUGCACAGGAAAAGCUUAAGCUGAUGAAUGCACUGGCAGCUAUAAAGGUGCCCUGGCUUCUGCAACGCUACAUCAAUUUGGCCUGGGAUGAGAAAAAUGUGCGACGUCAGGACUACUUCACACUAAUGGGAUACAUUUCCGCCAAUCCUGUGGGCCAGAGUCUCGUCUGGGACUAUGUGCGCGAAAACUGGCAGGAACUAGUGGAACGCUAUGGUAUUAACGAGCGCAACUUGGGUCGUCUAAUUCCUACAAUUACCGCGCGCUUUGCAACGCAAACCAAACUGGAGGAGAUGCAACAGUUCUUUGCCAAAUAUCCAGAUGCUGGUGCUGGCACCUCGGCGCGUCAGCAGGCACUGGAAACGGUUAAAGCUAACAUUAAGUGGCUGGAGCUCAAUCAGGCCCAAGUGGGCAAAUGGCUGGCCAACUACGUGCAACAGGCGGCUGUGUCAAAUCGCAUCAACUAAACUAAAAUGCUCAAAGGGCAAAUUGUAAAUUACAAACUUAUUUUUGAAUAGUCUUAGCCUGCCUGCAUUGCAAAUGUGAAUGAAAGGAAUUGUGAAUACUAUUUUUUGAAUAAAAUACUAAUGAAAUAUGAA